CCCCCAAGCCAGUGCAAUACAAGUACCUGACUCUUUGUCACCGCCUCCACUUCUGUACUCUCCCAUUCCCCAAUUAACCUUUUCUAUUCUCCCACAAAGCCUUUCAAGCUGGCGAUUGAUAAUCAAGACACCACUGUGAAGCCCAAGAACAGGAGAAUCAUGGGAGCUGGAGGGCCUGAUGAGGAUGACAAUAGAUGGCCGCCAUGGCUGAAACCCAUGCUCAAAGAACGCUUCUUUGUUCAAUGCAAUCUCCACGCCGAUUCCCACAAGAGCGAAUGCAAUAUGUUCUGCCUUGACUGUAUCAAUGGCCCUCUCUGCUCUCUCUGUUUGCCCAAUCACUCACACCACCGCGCCAUUCAGAUUAGGAGAUCAUCGUACCAUGAUGUGAUCAGAGUGAACGAGAUUCAGAAGUUUCUGGACAUUUCUGCUGUCCAGACCUACAUUAUCAACAGCGCCAAGGUUGUGUUCUUGAAUGAGCGGCCCCAACCCAGGCCCGGCAAGGGCGUCACCAAUACCUGUGAAGUUUGCCACCGCAGCCUUCUUGACUCUUUCCGUUUCUGCUCUUUGGGCUGCAAGAUUGUCGGGACAUCCAAGAAUUUCGUGAGAAAGCCGAAACGGUUGCCGGAGAAGAAGAGGACGGCGGCGAUGGCGGCGGCGGCGUCGGACUCGGAGGACUCGUAUUGCAGCCGCCAUAGCCAUGGGCGGGUGAGCAGAAAGGUGCAGAGCUUCACACCGUCAACGCCACCACCAACUUGUGUUAAUUACAGAACUGCCAAGCGAAGAAAGGGAAUUCCACACAGAGCCCCAAUGGGAGGGCUCAUCAUUGAAUACUAGGCUUUUGCAGUUUUGCUCACAGGCCCUUCAUCUUCUCCUAAAUUACCCUAAUCCCCCCACCCCCACCCAAAAUGAUAUACACCCACCCUAGCUCACCCAUAGCCAUGUUGUUGUUGUUGUAUGUAUAUAGUAGCCACUAAUAGAAGAAUGAAGGUUAAGAUAAAAAAAAAAAUGUAGGGGCAGAAGUUGGAAUAAGUAAAUGUGGAAGGACUAAAGCCGCUAAGUUAGAAGUUGGGCUUAGAAAAUAAGCUAUAUAAAUAAUAAUAAUAGUUUGAUAAUGAAAUAUGAGAUACUAGAGUGGUUGUUUACACAUAUAACAGGUUUUUGUGUGUAUGGAUGAAAAAUGUAAAUAUCGUUUUCUGUGUUUAUAUGCCGUAAUGGAAUAUCACUUUGUUAUUU